AUGAAGUCCGGCGGUGGCCUGAUGGCGCCGCCGGGUUGCUUCCCGGGCCGGUACAGUCCCACGUACCGCACCAGCGACCCCCGCCGCUGCGUCCCCAACCCAUCAAGCCGAAUAUUGGAGGACGCAUCGCUGAUGUGCAACUCAUGGUCACCGAGACAUAACGGCGAUCUCUUCAGCGGCCUCAACGAUGGGUUGCUGAGUCGGGCGGAGGCGUUAGCAGCGGUCGACAUCAGCAAACAUCAGUCAGGGCCGCAACCGGGACCGCCGCUGCCGCAGCUGAAGCACGACAUGGUGUACCAUCACGGUGUCGGUGGCCCACCAUCGCACAACGCUAGACCGCAUCAGAUGGGCCAUCAUGGUAUGGAAGGACUCGAUAUGCUCGAUCCUUUGACCUCUUCAUCUAUGACAACUUUAGCUCCCAUGGGUGAAACGGCACCACCGCAUCAUCAACUGCACGGCUACGGUGCAAUGAACCAUGUCAUGAAUCACCAUCAUCAUCCUGGCGGCCUCGGUCACGCCCCGCCAGCGCACCUCGGCCACCCGGCGGCUGCUCUUCAUCCCGACACCGACACCGAUCCGCGAGAACUAGAAGCCUUUGCCGAGAGGUUCAAACAAAGAAGGAUUAAACUUGGUGUCACACAAGCAGAUGUGGGUAAGGCACUCGCAAACCUUAAAUUACCAGGCGUAGGGGCUCUAUCUCAAAGUACAAUUUGUCGAUUCGAAAGUCUGACACUCAGUCAUAACAAUAUGAUAGCUUUAAAACCCAUACUUCAAGCGUGGCUAGAGGAAGCCGAGGCACAAGCUAAAAAUAAAAGACGAGAUCCUGAUGCGCCGAGUGUAUUACCGGCCGGUGAAAAGAAAAGAAAGAGAACCUCAAUAGCAGCUCCAGAAAAGCGAAGUCUAGAAGCUUACUUCGCGGUGCAGCCUCGUCCAUCUGGGGAGAAGAUCGCAGCCAUCGCAGAAAAGUUGGAUUUGAAAAAGAACGUGGUACGUGUAUGGUUCUGCAACCAGAGACAAAAACAGAAGCGGAUGAAAUUCGCAGCGCAACACUGA